ACGCCACGCAUUUUGGAAGAAAUCAUUUUCUUGGAGAAAAAGAAAGACGCGCAAACGAAACUUGACCCAUGCACUACGCCGCCCACACACAGGUGCGUACAUUCAAUUGCAAGGUUUACAAUCGUGCCUUGGCCCAGACCCACUUUUGUGGCGCACGUCAACAGCAUUACGUGGGUUGGUUAUAUUAUUAACUAUGUUCCGUGGUAGAAACUUAAAACAGCUGGCAGCACAGCGGCUAUUACGCUACGCUAGCGCGCUGCCGCUGGGACUGCUGCAGAUACCAAGCCCCCAAGCCGAGAUGUGCAACGUGCCAACGGUUUUUUUUUUUUACAUUUUUAUUUUAAAGUGUUCGUAUUCAGCAGCCGUGCGCCAAGUAUUUAGCAUGUCAAGCAGGCAAGCUUACUUCUGUUGUAGGUUUCCGUAGAGCUUUGCGCUAUUUGCAUUACACUGCGCAAGGACACAACCAUUGCGGCGGAGGACCGCGGUGUAGGGUCGUCGUUCGGUCCAGGGGGAAUGGCCAGCCGAAACAUAUGUAGCAAAAACAUAGCUACUGCUACUUAUUUUGUUCUCCAUGUGCUCUGGUGAAGCCCCGUUGCUUGCUUAACGAUGCAUUUUUCCAUACCGGAUACGCAAGAACUUAAAGACGAAAGCGGCUCCACAUACGUCGCAUAUAACAUACACGUGAAUGGAGCCUUUCAUUGUGCCGUUCGCUAUAAGCAGCUCCACAGUCUGCAUGAUCAGCUAAAAAAGGUGUUUGGAUCAGCAGCACUCCCUCCGUUCCCACCGAAAAAGCUGUUACCAUUGACACCGACGCAAACUGAGGAACGACGAGGAUUCCUUGAAAAAUACAUACAGCUAGCCAGCCAAGAUGCUCGUGUCUCAUCCGACGAGGCUUUCACGGGCUUCCUGCUGUCUGCUCAGCAGGAGACCAUGGGUGCCCCUCCCAAGGAGGUUGACUUUGACGUGUUUCUAAUGAAUUGGCAAAAGGUCACCGUCUCUGUGCUCUCCACAGACCCCACUGACGUGGUUAUGGAUGCAGUAGCAAGGGAGAUUGGAUUGCCUCCAGACCUCAUAUGCUACUUUGCUUUGUUUUUAGUAAAAAGGACAGACGCGGACAUAAUCAUUCAGAAACGGCUAGAAAACUUUGAGGCCCCUUACCUCUCCCAAACAUCAGCUGGUCCAGGUCACUGUAUUGUUAUCAGGAAAAGCUACUGGGACAGCGGUUGGGACAAUGCACUGAUGGAUGACCGUGUAGCUCUGAACCUAGCCUACGUGCAGACGUUAAGUGACGUGGAACGUGGCUGGGUGGUUGUGCCCAAAGACACACAGCGACAGCUAGCCACCCUUCAAGCCAAGGGCUCCAAAAAGGAGUAUCUACAACUGGCACGGACUCUCAAGUAUUACGGCUAUCUCCAGUUUGCUCCCUGCUUUUGCGACUAUCCACAGCCUGAUACUCGGGUUCUCAUUAGUGCUGGUGGUAGAGAGCUCAACUUCAGGCUUGCCUUAGCACAGGACCAGUACAAAGAAAUCAGCUUUCGAGUCACAAGAAUACGAUGCUGGAGGAUCACAACAGCUGUGAUAGACCAUGCAAAUGGAGAGUGUUCUGGGAACUCUCAAAGUUCAGAUGGAAAGCACCAGAGACUGGAGCUUUCGUUCGAGUACCUGAUGAGCAAGAACAAGCUCCAGUGGAUCACAGUGGUCAGCAGUCAGGCAAUUCUGCUGAGUGUGUGCCUGCAAGGCAUGGUGGGUGAGCUGCUACUCAAGAAGCAAGGCGCUGACCGGCCCCAGGGUACCAACCCUCGCCAGAGGCCCAGCAGCAGUCGUCGUGGCUCGUGGAGCUUCCUCAAGCGCGAUGGUUCCAGCUACCAGAUCUCUGUCAGCCGAUCAGCAUCUACCGACGGUAUCGUCCAUGAGACGCGAGAGGAUGGCAAGUCUAGGACAAGGGAGGCCACUCGAAAGCACAGUGACCCUAAACGCAACAGUGGGAUCACGUCCCCAAAGGCAACCAUGGAGAACGACGCGUUUGAAGGCAUUGGGGAUGACGAUCUUUGAGCAUCAUUUUAUACAAAGGACUCGAAAGGAGAUGUGACUGUUGUGACAUACGCACUCUUUUUAAGGAUGGGUGUUGGCAUGAAAUGAUGAGUGGUUGGAAUGCUUUCAUAGCCUUGUGUUGUAAAACUUCAGAAUUCCAGCAGUGAGUGCAAGAUUUAUUUUCAAAAGCUCGAUUGUGGGUACUGUCCUUGUAUUUCUACUUGCUAACAUAAGCUGCAUCUUAUAACACUCGGAAAUCAUGUUUUGUCUUGCUGGGUGAUUGAAGUGUGGCUUUUGUUGUGCGCUGCUAGUGUGACAAUGUUUAUGAAUGGCUUUAUUCUGCUCCACAUCUUAUUUCUCUAUGCACAAUCACUCUGUGUGUGGCAAACGUGUGUCUAGAGUGCUUUAUCUUUUUCUACAAUGCUCAAGUGAAGUGAUAGUGCAGUACAGAAUGGACAGGUUCUUGAGUGAUGGCCCUCACUUUGUCCAGCUGACGUUCGCAGCUACAUAAUGGUAUUUCAUGGCUUUAUGCUAUCGUUGCUAAAGAAGCAGAAAGUAUGCACCUACUUCAGUUUCUAACGAACUUUUGCCCCCUUCUAGCUCUGAUGUUAGCUGCACUUUUGGCACAGGCUCUCCUGUAGCCAUGGCCUUCACAAAUUGUGCAUCUCACCAAAAAUCAUCUUGGCAUCUUUUAUGAUAUGGUUAAACAGUAUAUGGCACUCACCACAACUCUUGGUGAGCGUUUCUUCCUCUGGCAAGUUCGAUGUGCUGGGUUGGGUUCCUCAGGCUUACAGUGCUGUCAGCAUAAGAGUGGUAGAAAGUGCAUCGGUGUUUGUCAUUGAAAGUUGUGCUGUAAUUUCAGUGAUGUAAUUCUUUUGCAGUCGCACAGAAUGUUAGUGUUAUCUUAAAUUUGUAUGACCUCUAGAACUAGCCAGUGGCAACAUGCAUUAUAUCACACAUUUUUGCAUUAAGUUGAUUGGAGACAUUGCAGAGAAACACCUAAGGAUUAAGUGCAAAGGAAUGGUAAAGAGAAGUCAGCAGCAUGCAAGGCACCGGGUAAUUGGUGAAUAAGAAAAAGUGAAAUGGGUUUAGCAUUUGGCAAGAUUUUGCCAAGUUUUCUCUCACCAUUGCUGACAAAACUUGAUCAGUAUUGGCCACUCCUGUUUUGAAGCAGCUGUACAUCCUGUGUUGCAGCUCAUCCUUGGCACAUUCUUUUAUUUCAUAAUUAAUUUGCAUGGCCUUGAUUCAGGCUGCUUAAGAAAAAAAUAAAACUAAAAAGUAAUAUCCCCUGUCUCACAAAAGGAUACUGUACGAAUUGUUGUAUUCAAAGGCAUUGCACGAAUUGUUAUGGUUGAAGGCAGUGUUAAACAACUGAUAAUAGCAAUAUUGACUGGUCACAUACGCGCUGUCACUGCACAAGUUAAAACGAAAUCUGACUUAGGGCGAAAAAAACAAGGAAUUAAAACAGAAGGGAGUUUCAAAGUGUUGUGAACAGUAAUCCUUGCUGAAAUUCCACUAACUUGCCACUUGGUGCUUUAGGUGUUGGUGUUAUCAGAUAAUUGUAGGUGAUGUGCUACUGGUCUCUUUCCUUAGCCCAAGCUGUAAACAAUGGUUGAUGUGAGACAGAUUGACAUGUGUUUUGUUUCUGUGGCGUGGGUCACCCCAUUGGCAGCUACAAUUUUUAUGGUUUACAUUUGCUGCUGCUGCCACAACAUUCCUUGUGGAGAUGGCAUGUUUGGUCUCAUUUUUGAAAGCCUGGUAAUAUUAGAAUUGUGGCUUGUUCAUAACACUGUACAUAUCUGGCACUGAAAGAGUGAUGCAGGUUUUUGCUGGAUGUGUGCUGGCACAAAUGGGGAGUGCAGUUCUAGACAUAACUUCCGGGGAGAGGGGGUAGGUUACAGUAUCAUACUUAAGGUUGUGCGCAGCAUGCCAGAAUUGUGACCUGAAACUUGUUAGUACUCUGGCUACAUGUGGCCUCUCAAGAGAACUCGUGCACCCGAUGUGUACAUACAACAACGAAUCUAAAAACAUCUGUUUGUUUACGUCCUUUUAUGCUUAAUUUUAUAUGCAUAUCUGAAUGUUGUGCUUGGCUAUAGCCUAGCUGCAAUUUAUUUUCCUAGUUUUAAAGCGUUCUGCACGCUUACCUCCCAUCCCACUGCAACAUUUCUCAUUGUUGUCAGGAUGUGGUACAUUAUUGCUGCUGGUGGAUGCCAUAUUUUAUGGGGCGCCGAUUGAAUAUUUGCAUUGCACUUAACGCUGGGUGGCUUGGCAUUGUACUGUGCUGCAUCAAUGCAGUUUCCAUGGAAUGAGGUGUUACGCUUGCGUGCGGUUAUGUCAUAGUGAGAUUUGUUGGCCCAUUAGCCUUAUGUAUUGACAGGCAUUCUGAAAGUUGUGGUGUUUUUUGUUUGUUUUUUUCGAAGAUAGUACCACGAAGGCCACAUUGUCUUUAAUUAUGUUGAGAUUAGUUUGUCUUGUUGGCACGUUAUGUUCCAGAGCCAGGCUCGCUUACUUUGGGCUAUAUCUUAUAUAUACAUUUGUAUACAGCAACUGAUUGUUUUAUUGAUUGAUUGCUGCUACUCUUAUUUGUAGAACAGCAAAGCUGAUUCUAUUGCCAAGCCGCUUUCUUCUGGCUGACAUGGUGAAAUCAUUGGUGCUGGUUCUGAGCUGUUUUUUUUUUUCCUUUCUUUCUUUCAUGCAUAAGCUACCUUUUUACUCUUGUUGUUGCAGGCAUCAUUGUUUUAAUUGUUUAAUGUCUGUACAUCUGUGUGCUUCCAUUGGCUGUGAGGCUUUGCAAAGUUGCCAAAUUUGUUGAUCGUCCCUUACUUUCAUUUUUUUUUUUUUUUUGAGGUUGUUGAUGUUGAAAUCUCAGUUAUAAAGAUGAAUGAUUCAACUCGUGCAUAGUAAUCCUGUUCUUUGGUGUCUACUAAGAGGGACUGUUUAAACCAUAUGGUAAAAAAAAUCAAUGUCCUUUGGCUGUUUACUGCAUGUGAAAAAGUGGUUAUAGUUGCAAUUGCCCAGGUGGCUUUUACAAUUGUUUUUGCAACAGCCAGAUUUAGUGCCAAAGUAUUGCUAAAUGAUGGAGCACUUUUAUUUGCCAACAUGCUAGGUAACAUAUGCUUGUGCGGCCAUUGCAGAGCAUCUCACUAGUAUGCCAAUUUUUGCAGCAGCUGGUAACUGCAGGCAGGUUACUCUUUCCUGUUUGAAGAAGGAAUGCCAUUUGUGUUAGUGUUCUGUGUGUUUUGGUAUAAAAAAAAAAAAAAAAACUCACAUCCAUGUCUAGGCACUCAACUUUCAGGGCAGUUUCUAAGGCUGAUCACUUGCGUAAUGCUUGCAUCUGACACUGGGCACUUUGAUCAUGUAUUUUUGACUUAUAUGACAAGUAAUUACUCGUGGAUUUUCGGUUAGGCAGUAAAAGUUUUGUUUAGCAGUGUCUAGUUAGCAUUGACUAACUGGACAUUUUGGGUGUGAUGUGUUUGAAAAGUGCUAUUGACACUAAGAGCCCAAAGUGUGCUGUAUACUGUCCUGUUGUUCUGAAACUGAAAAAGAAAAGGUAAAUGCCAACAGUUGAGUGAUUUCAUUUUCGGUUAAGCUAGAUGGUAGCAUCUGGAAUUCCGAUUCAUGUCAGAGGAGCUCGUGGAACUUGUCCCAUAUUUAGGAGUUCGCUUGUUAACAGGUCGCUUGUUAACAGGUGACCAGAAAGUUUUUUAUUUUUCCCCUUCUUGUUAGAUGUAGUAACAGACACAUUUUUCUCACUUUUGCUUGGAAUAAUUUGUAACUGCAGAUUUCCCAUGACAAAUGUAGUGUAACUGUGAGAAGCACCAUGCCUAAUUUUGUUUUUUCCUGCAAAUCGUCAUGUGGCACGAAUUGUGGUGGUCAAGCUCACACCUCAGUGCUCUAAAAUCCAUAAUGCUUAGUGAUCCAGAAUGUGAAAGCGAUCUGCAUGUUGCAAACAUGAGAGCUGGUCGUUUCUGUGAGCAGUUUUCAUCGCUUAGUGGGAAAUACUAACAUAGCGUGGCAUACUUUAUAUUGCCUGUACAUAGCCAUGUUUGGAAAAGGCAAGGAGGGAGGGAAAUAAAUAUAAUAGGGAAGUUACAUCUAUACAAAUAUAUAUAUAUAUAAAUACGAUGAAUAUUUUUUGUAUGUGAGGGGGAGAAUUAAAACUUCCACUCAACUUCAACUGUGUGAAUGAAGUUGUGAUGUUUGUUACCAGACAGUUUUAGCUCAAUGUUUACAGUCUGCUCUGCUAAGUUGGAAAAAUGCUGCCCAUGUACAGAAUGCUGAUGCUAGUAGAGUGGAAUGUAAUUCUCAUUUUGGCAAGUCUACUGACUAAAUGAACUGGGAGGUGGGUUUGGCACUUUGCUUCAUCAUUUCGCAGCCAAGCCAUGGGCAUGUUGCUCACGUGUCUGUGACCAGCGCUUGUAUAAAAUAUGAAAUCACCGUAGCUCUCCUCACUGGCCGAGUGCAUGAACUGUGAGCAGAAUGUACUGCGAGAGAUGCUGAGAUAAAGCAGUCUUUCCAUUGAUGUUCCAUUCCAGUGAAACUUGUGAUGCCCACCCCAAUCAUCAGUGGGCGUGAUCAGAGGUCACUGCUGAAUGUUGGUUCCCGCUCCUUGUUGCAACUUUGGUGCCAAUUUACAUCUUAAGGAUAUCUUUUGUCAUGUUUCUCAUUUAGUAUGUUUCUUUAUGCCGGUACCUGUGGCUUACAUUGUUGUCAUUUGUCGAAUGGAGCAGGAUGUUCUUCCCAUUCAAACAGAGGCAAUCUCUAAGGAACAUGGCCUGCUUGUCUGGUGCAGAAGGUGCGGUAGAGCCUGUUCAAGUAUGAUAACAGAAAGUUCAGGCACAUUGAUAACCUGCUCUCUUAACAACCUUUCCUCAUCAUCUGCCUACACUAAUAGCAAUUGACUACAGCCUGACCUUAAUAUAACAAAUUAUUGAAUAUAACAAAGUAAAUAUAAAAUUCGGUUGGCUGUGCUUUAUUUCAGUAUAAUAUAAAUGAAACUGAGAAUGCAGGAUUUGAAACAAUACCAAUUACAGCGAAACAAAUAUUUGUUUGCUGAAAGCUCUGAAUACGUGUAUCCUGGUAACAGAGAUGUCAAAUACCAAGCAAGCAGCAACUUGAAAUAUCACAUUCUGGGCAUGCAUGCGUGCUUCGACUAACGCCUUGGCUUGGCUGGCCUAUAGCCGGCAAGCCAAUUUCGUGUGUUCAUAUCGAUUGCACUGUUGUAUAUUAAUGAUGUUGUAAAGCAUGUUAUUAGUAUUGUUCAUGUGCCAUGUAUCAGCACGAGGAGCCGUUGACAGGCCAUAAAAAUUUACAAGAGGUUCUUUUCUGGCCUAGAGGCAUCAUGCUUCCGUUUCUUUCAGUUGAGAUUUCUUUCCCGCCAAUAUCUGCAUGUGCACUUAUUAGCAAUAUUGAUUAUAGAUAUGGUAUUGUCAGAUACAACUUCAUUAUAUUGAGGUUUUUCUUUGUCUUGCAUUAAAGUCACAAAUGACUUCAUAACCAAACAAUACAAGAAUAUGGUGAGCUUUGCUAGCAACUGUUUCUUGAAAGCAAGUAGAAUUAUUAAAGAAUAAUUUUUACAGCUAUGGCCCUUUGUAGCUGCAUUGUAAUGCUACAUUCUUCUGUAGAAAGUAACACAGAGAUUUAAAGAGUGCGGUACUUUAGAUUAGCCCUUGGAGAUUGUCUCUGCAGGAAUGUAAAUCAGAAUAAGGUUUUUGUUUUAAGCCUGUUACCGGUCUAUAAAAAGAUAUUUUGUCUUUCAAUCGAUUGAGAUUGAUUGGGGCUCUCCAGAACAUUCGAUUCUGUUGAAGUUGACAGAAAACUUAAUUACCUUUGAAAUUGAAUAAAAUAUGACCGAAGAUGAAACCACGACUUGCUCUACAAACAGAAAUGUAUUGAAAACAAGUUUUAUGCUACCUCUGUGGAAUACCAAAUAAGUACAGGCUUGGAAGCACAAAAUGUUAUAUCAACAGUGCAAAAUAGGUUUGUCAAUAAGCAGUCACUGCAUUUUUUUUAUAAAACAGUUUUUGUAGCCUGUUUGUCUGAACUGUAGAUUGAUACUCUUGUCACCAUCUGAGAUUUCUAGACAAAAUUGUUAUAUGAGGCCUAUUUUGACUUCAGGCAUAUUUCUUUAGGCACUUUAACCGCAAGAACUUCACUGUUAGUAGAUUGUUUAUGUCUAAGCAUGAAGUUUGAGUUGCAUGUAUGAGGCUAGCAGAUAAAUUAAAUUCAACUGUAGUGGGGCGAAUUGAAAAUUUUAUGGGCUAUUGCAAUUUACAUUUCUAAUUAUCUGAGUUUGAGUUAUUGUAAGUCAUCUAUAUUUUACUUGAGCUUUGGUCACUUAAGCCCGUAAAAAAAAUUUUAUUCCUGCUGUUCACUGCGUGGUUCCUGAAUUGUGCACAAUUGCUUCUUACAGCCUGGCAUUCUGGGUUUAAUGUCACUUUUAUAGAUCGGCAUUUUUAAUCUCUUGAUAAAAUAUGUCGUAAAAUCUUUUGGCUGUAGCGCUUGGUGCCAUUUCACAGCAAGGCUGACUCGACCUCACUUGUGUUGUCUUUAAGAAAAGAAGUAUUUUCCUUCUGGUCUGUGUAGUUGAAAUUUGCUAUGCCACAUUUAAUUAUUGUUUUUAUACCUUUUAGUAAACUUUGUGUAUGUGACAGUUGUUUUUAUACUUCUACCAUGAAUGUACACUCCCUUUUCUUCCUUCUGAGGUGCGGUCCUCUUUAAUAUACAUUUUUAUAUGCUACGGUAUGUGAUAAAUGACUUUGAUCUUUGUAUUUUCACCACAGCUUUGUCAAGCAGUUUGCUUGCACUUUAUAUUCUCAUAACGUGGGUAUAAUAAAUUAACCCAGCAAUAGGUGUCUCAUUGUUUGGAAACCAACUUGAAA